AUGGGGGUGUCCGCCAUCGAUGAACAGCGCCAGGCUAUUCUGGACGCAAUAAAAUCCAUUACUCGAGGCGACUGGAAGGUACUGGUUAUCGAUGAGGCGACCAAGAAGAUAGUAUUUAGUGUCCUUAAGGAGGAUGACAUUCUCAAUGAGAAUAUCGCCAAUGUGGAAACGCUCGAAAGCAGGAGGGAGAUGAACCCUGGCAUGGAUGCCAUAUACCUUAUAUCACCCGAACCACAUGUUGUCGACUGUUUGUUGGCAGACUUCGAACGUCGAAGAUAUCGUAAAUCCUACCUAGUAUGGACUGCCCUUCUCGCACCAACGAUGCGCCGGCGCAUUGACUCCUCUCGGCAAGCACAAGAACAAUUGGCUGGCUGGGUAACUUUAUCCAUAGAUUAUUACCCCCGCGAAUCGCAUUUAAUAACCUUCAGAGAUCCUUGGAGUUUUCCCAUUCUAUUUCACCCAGCGUGUACCCCUCUGGUCCGCGAACAUAUGCAACUUCUAGCACAAAAGAUUACUGGAAUUUGCGUGUCUCUAGGGGAAUCGCCCAAAAUACGUUAUUACAAGCCUCGGAACCCUACACAUGAAGCAGCGGUGCUCUGUUCUCAUCUAGCUCGAUUUGUCCAGGAGGAGCUCGAUGCAUACCAACAAUAUAACCCCAGUUUCCCGCCACCAUCUAAUAGGCCUCAAGGUGUUCUACUCAUCACGGACAGAUCAAUGGACACAUUGGCACCAUUAUUACACGAAUUUACAUACCAAGCCAUGGCACACGACCUCCUUCCAAUCAAAGACCACGAGAAAGUUACAUACACAACUAUAUUGAAUGAGGGAACUGCACAAGAAGAAGAGAAAGAAAUGGAAAUUGGAGAGAAGGAUAAGAUAUGGGUGGAGAACAGGCACCAACAUAUGAGUAAAACUAUCCAAAAAUUAAUGAGCGAUUUCAAAAAGUUUAUCGCAGACAAUCCCCAUUUCGCUAAGCAAGAUGCGGAGAAUGUCAGUAUAAAUCAGAUCAAGGACAUGUUAGCAGGAUUACCACAAUUUCAGGAGAUGAAGGAAGCAUACUCAUUACAUUUGAAUAUGGCACAAGAAUGUAUGAAUAUCUUUCAACACCACGAGCUGCCCGAUAUUGCGUUGGCGGAGCAAACACUAGUCACAGGACUUGAUGAAGAUUACCGAAAACCAAAGGAGAUGGGUGCACAAGUCAUUCGUCUAUUAGAUAAUCCAGCUGUUGCUCCCAAGGAAAGGUUACGGCUUAUUAUACUUUACACCAUAUUCCGAGACGGAUUGAUUACGGAAGAUAUAGAGCGUCUUCUACAUCAUUCGGGACUUCCCCUCUCAGAAAUGAACGAAAUUCUCAAUCUAGAAUUACUGGGAGUACACACCACAAAGAAACUUACAGACUCAAAAACCAAAGCCAUGUCAACCCCAUUAUUUCCACCAAAACCUAUACCGACCGUCAUCAACGAAGAGCUUGCUCUGUCUCGAUAUGAAACCAAUCUCCAACGUAGUCUCGAAGAAAUCACCAAAGGAACUCUAGAUCCGUCUCUUUUCCCUUACACGAAACCUCCCGCUGAUCCAACCGAAGAAAUGACUCUUCAAUCACAAGCUUCACUUCGUAGCGCCAAGCCUACAUGGGCUCGUGGCCGUAGCACCACACCUGAUAACAUGCAAAGAAUCGUUGUUUUCAUGGCCGGUGGAGCUACUUACUCAGAAGCAAGAGCUUGCUACGAAGUUUCAAAACAUUGCAACAAAGAUGUAUUUUUAGCUACCUCUCAUAUGCUCAAUCCAAACCUGUUCCUGAAGCAAGUCGGGGAUUUAACGGCCGGCAGAAAGCAAUUAGAUUUACCAAUCGACAGACCAAAACCAAAAGCACCAGCCUAUCUUUUCAAGGCAAACGACCCUCCUCCUCCUCCACCUGUUGUGGCAACACCGAGACCUCAACCAGGACUUGGACUAGGUGGACCAAGUAAUGCUCCCGGAGGCGUCAGACCUCCGAGAAGCCCAGGAGCUCCAGGUCCGGUUCCGCCAAUGAAGAGUCCAGGGUAUGAUGGUAAACCGUUGGCUGCUGGAAUGCAGCAAAUGUCCCUGAAUGGUGCAGGAGAUGGAGCGGGGCAUUCUUCUGGAAAAUUGGAAAAGAAGAAGGGUGAGGAUGGGAAAGAGAAGAAAAGGAAGAUGGGUUUCUUUAGGAGUAAGAAAUAG